UAAGGGACCCUGGAGACAGCCCUUCCUGCUCUGUAUUCAUUUUAUGCCUGACCUCCUGCUGUCCCUAACCUUAGGCUCCAGACAGGGAUGCGAGGUGCUUUUGGGAAGCCCCAGGGCACUGUGGCCAGAGUCCACAUUGGCCAGGUCAUCAAGUCCACCCACACCAAGCUGCAAAACAAAGAGCAUGUGAUUGAGGCCCUGUGCAGGGUCAAAUUCAAGUUCCCUGGACACCAGAAUAUCCACAUCUCCAAGAAGUGGGGCUUCCCCAAGUUUAACGCAGAUGAAUUUGAAGACAUGGUGGCUGAAAAGCACCUCAUCCCAGACGGCUGUGGAGUCAGAUACAUCCCCAACCGAGAUCCCCUAGACAAAUGGCAGGCCCUGCACACCUGAGAGCCUCAGAGGUGUCCCUUAAUCAAUUACAAUAAAUCAAGAUUCUGCUUAAAAAA